AUGUUAUUCUCUAUGCAAGGGCUACAGGCACAUGCGGUAAGCAACGCUAGCCGCGAUGAUGAUACAACCAUCUUUCCCUCGACCAAGCACAGGGAACCAUGCGCAUUAAACUCAUCCGAGCAGUUUAAUUUAUUUGCUGCCCAGCCUAUCCGUUACACGUUUAGCGUCAGUGACAACAGCUGUUGUCAAGAUCCAUUCACAGAGGGAAACCGAAGCUUGAUUGCUAGUACUGACUGCUCAGCCGGUGGCCCGGAGAGACGGCUAUCUUUCAGCAAUAGCUCGGAAAGCUGCUCUACUCUAGCACCCCCCGACGUAGCCGACUGGGAGACAUGUUCCUCUCAGGAACGUGCAGUGCAAGAGCCAUCGGUCCCCAAGGGGUUGGUACUCAGUGAGGCAACUAGUUACAUCCACAGACUAGAAAAUGCCAAUGAGCUGCUGCAGUCGAGAAACUACUUUCUCAUGCAAAGAAUUAGCGAGAUGCAAAAACUGGAACCUUCAACAGAGUGA